AUGGCGAUCAAGCACAACAACCAAAUCCUCAACCAGCACUUCCGCAAGGACUGGCAGCGUCGUGUGCGCGUCCACUUCGACCAGCCCGGUCGCAAGCACCGCAGACGUGAUGCCCGUCUCGCUAAGGCCGCCGCCGUCGCUCCCCGUCCGGUUGACCAGCUGCGUCCCGUUGUGAGAUGCCCUACCGUCAAGUACAACCGUCGUGUCCGGUCUGGUCGUGGUUUCACCCGGGCUGAGCUGAAGGAAGCUGGUAUCCCCGCCAAGCUCGCCCGCACUGUCGGUAUUGCCGUUGACAACCGCCGUGUCAACUACUCCAAGGAGUCGCUCGUCGCCAACGUCGACCGCCUCAAGGACUACAAGGCCCGCCUGAUCCUCUUCCCCCGCAAGAGCGGUCAGUUCAAGAAGCUUGACUCGUCCGCUGACGAGGUCAACGCCGCCAAGGCUGCUUUCGCCGCCGAGGGCAAGACCGAGGGCUACGCUACCAAGGUUGGCGCUGCCUUCCCCGUCAACAACCCCACCGCCGAGGAGGCCAUCACCGAGAUCAGCCGUGACAGCCUGCCCAAGGGUGAGGAGGCUGCUUACAGGAAACUGCGGGAUGCCCGUAGUGAGGCCCGUCACCAGGGUAUCCGGGAGAAGCGCGCGAAGGCUAAGGCUGAGGAGGCUGCUGCUGCCAAGAAAUAA